UGGGUAGUGUAUGUAUGUAUGUGUCUGUCUGUCUGUAUGUGUAGUGCCGCGCCCUAACACAGUUCGCCCCAACAGUACAGCCGACACUGUGUGCCGACUGUCCACUGCUGACUGUAGAGCAGCUAUCAGUGCUGUUGACUGUUAUAAGUGACCAUUAGUUGUAUAUAUGUAUUGAGACACUUGUUUGACAUAAAUUUCUAUUACAUAUAAUUAAAACCCAUUUUUAUUAAACGAGUCAAACAUUUGGUUCAAACGAAAAGUUUUGAAUAAAGUAUGUCUGGAGUGGAGCAGAACGGUGUUAGAAGUGUUAAGUUUGAUCCGGAUGACCCCGAAUGCCAAAGAGAAAUGUGGAGACCACCCGAUAUUGACGCCGAUAUGAAGGAAAUGGAUCGCAGGAAACGGGUUGAAAUGAUUAUGAAUAGCCAAGUGUUUAGGGAAGAACUCGAACGCAUCAUUGAAUCGCAGCUAAAUGAGGGCUAUUUACCCGCCAGUCUAUCGGCACUACAACAAGUAACUGAGCUCUUACUGCCGCAAUCAGCUCGUGGUUCAUCAUUGUCUAAGUUAGGUCACUCAGGAAUGCCAAUUAACGACAUUCGAGGUGUCGAUGCUUUUCGUUAUGCAAAAGGAGAGAAACCUCUUCGAUGUAAACUCGCAGCUGUUUAUAGACUCGUUGAACUGUAUGGUUGGUCGGAAGGCAUUUAUAAUCACAUCACUGCACGUGUCAGUCAAGAUGCCGAACAUUUUUUGUUGAACCCCUUUGGUCUUCAAUAUCAUGAGGUGACGGCAUCAUCACUACUCAAAGUCGAUAUGCAGGGCAACAUACUUGAUCCCGGCACGACUAACUUUACAUUCAAUAGGGCCGGUUUUGUGCUUCACUCAGCCAUUCAUUCUGCUCGACCCGAUAUUAGAGCAAUCAUUCAUUUACAUCAUCCGCCGUGUGUUGCCGUCUCUGCUAUGAAAUGCGGAUUACUAGCCGCCAGUCAAGAGGCAGCUAUUUUAGGUGAUAUAAGUUAUCACGAUUACAGAGGAAUACUUAUAGAUCCCGAAGAAAAGGAUCAAAUAGCCCGAAAUUUGGGUCCUUUUAAUAAGGUCUUAGUUUUACGAAAUCAUGGAGUCCUUACAUGUGGCGAGUCUUUAGAAGAAGCUCUUUAUCUGAUGCAAAACUUAGUGAUCGCUUGCGAGACACAGAUUAAGUUAAUGUCCUGUGGAUUGGAUAACAUUCGUAUUAUGACACCAGAAGCCGUAGAACAGGUUCGCUCUAUUAUCAAACACUCCGGUUCUCAAGUCCAGGGAAAGCCCUCAACUGAUGAUUCAAUUGUUGCUUCAAAUUCGGACCAAAACGAACACAAAGAGAAGCUCAAGAAAUGGAAAGUUUGGGAUCUGGAGUUUGAGGCACAGAUGCGAAUGUUAGACAAUGCGGGAUUUCGUACGGGAUAUCUAUAUCGGCAGCCACUUCUUCGAGCAGAUCAGACACGAACUAAGUAUGACGUUGAAGAGCCUCCUUCGGCCUCUUCAUUAGCGCAUUACCUCGAAGAGGACAAAUGGUUGAGUCCACUUAAGAAGUUAGUUGAAGGCAAACGGACUCAAGACAAACUUCGUUGGGUAAACUCGCCGAAUGUAUACCAAAAAGUUGAAGUUCUUGAAACUGGAACCCCUGACCCUAAAAAGAUAACUAAGUGGAUUCAGGAUGGGUCUCCAUCACACAGCACUCCUAUUAAGAUAGAAACUCCUCACCAAUUUGUUCCGGUCAAUCACGAUCCCAAUGAAUUCAAACGAAAACAAAAGGAGAUGAAAGAAGUUCGCCUCCAAAAUAAGAUAUCCGGUGGACCACAAAGUCAUAUUCUGGAGGGUGUCACGUGGGAAGAGAUUAGGCAUAUGAAUGAACAAAAAAGUGGUGAUCAGGUUGUCUUAGUUGGCGCCGCAUCUAAAGGUAUUAUUCAGAGAGAAUAUCAACACAACGCUAUGGUCUAUAAGAGUGCUUACGCUAAGAAUCCGUUCGAUAACAUAACGGAACAGGAAAUUGAAGAUUACAAACAAACUGUUGAGAAAAAACAAAGGGGAGAAUUAGUAGAUGACGUGCCCGACAAUGUGCGACAUCUCCUCAUUGAACCGGUUUCUCAAAAUCAAACCACACAAGACAUAACUAGUCCUACAUCACCCACAUCACCACUUUCUGAUGAUGAUGGCAAAAGUUCAGCCGUUUCAAGUGAACCACUGAUAGUGAUCACACCGUCAUGUGAUGCAUCUAUAUCUAGCAAUAAUAGGGUGCACCGGUCGCACUCGGCCCGACUCGCAGCUCAAGCCGCUGAGGACAAGUACUUUUCUCGGGGCCGCUUUAGGUCUGAACGUAAACCAAAUAAACAGAGCACCAGUGAUACAGCAGUCAAUGGUGAAGAUAAAUUAGGUGACCUUUCAGGUGCUUCCCGAAGCAGUAAAGAGGGAUCGCCUGUUAAAGAGUUGGAGAAAUCCAAAAAAGACAAAAAGGAUAAAAAAGAUAAAGGCUUUCGGACGCCAAGCUUUCUUAAGAAGAAGAAACACAAGAAAGAUAAAGACAAAACUGAGGCAUAAUUUUAGAGACAUUUUAGAGUUUUAUUGCAUUUAAAAAUUCAUUUAACAAAUUGAAUGCUUCGCUCAUCUAUUGAUGAAAAGACUGCCACAAAAAGCUUUUUGAACACAGCGUUGAAUAUUUGUUUUUAAACUCCAUUACUUCAUACGCUUAUCUUUUCUCUCAAUUUUUCCAUCAAAGUUGCAUUAAAUAUAUAUAUAAAUUUGGAUUUAUUGCUCAUCCAUUUGAAAUAAUAAGAAAUGAUAAUUAUUUAUAAUAUAUUCUCUAAUUGUUUUGAGUUAUAAAUCAAUUUGUUUUAUGAGAGGAAAAAUUAAAAAAGUAUUAGAUGUCCGUCGCCUACAUUGAACCAAUGAUAAGACAAUUUGAAGUAUUUUACAGAUACUUCCACUCUAUGGCAGACUUAAAACUCUUGUUUUUCAACUAAGAUUUUGUUUUGAAUGACAAAUAAAUAUAUAUAUCUUUAAUAUUAAUAUAUUUAAGACUUUUACUUUUGUGCAAAAGUGAGACUAUU